GAGAGGAGGCGAGCUGAGAGAGCUGCUUUUUCAUGAAACGGGAGUAAAGUAGUGAAUUUACAGGAACAUAUACCACUACCAACGUUUGGAUCGAUAUCUGCAUCGAUCUGCACACCCUUGUUUCCUGGAUCGUAGCCGAGAUCAGCGUGAACCACGUGGGUCUCUGCUCCCUGAUCUGUUUCCUGUUUGGAAAGACUUCCGGCUUUAUCGCGGAGUUUCUCUCGGUUUGUGGGCUCAUCUAAAGCUGAAUAACAGGAGGAGAAGAGUCUGGUGGUGCAACAGAGGAACAAUUUCAUCCAUUUGGACUCAGCUCAGCCACUACAGAGGAAACAAUCAAUGUCUUCAACACACAAGGACCAACAUGGAGCGAGAAGUCAGCGCUCUCAGGAGGCCGACAAACGUCACAGAAGAAAGGGAGAGAAAACCUACAGCUGUGAUGAGUGUGGGAAGGAUUUUACCCAGAGUGGACAUUUAAAAACACACCAACUCGUCCACAGUGGAGUUAAACCGUACAGCUGUGAUGAGUGUGGGAAGGAUUUUACCCGGACUGGAAGUUUAAAAAAACACCAACUCAUCCACAGUGGAGUUAAACCUUACAGCUGUGAGUUGUGUGGAAAGUCUUUUGCCCAGGCUGGAAGCUUAAAAACACACCAACUCAUCCACAGUGGAGUUAAACCUUACAGCUGUGACUUGUGUGGAAAGUCUUUUGCCCGGGCUGGAAACUUAAAAACGCACCAACUCAUCCACAGUGGAGUUAAACCUUACAGCUGUGAAUUGUGUGGUAAGGCUUUUGCUCUAAAUGGCGACUUACAGAGGCAUCUAGUUACCCACUCUGGAAUUAAGGCGUACAGCUGUGACUUUUGUGGAAAAAGUUUCAGCGACAAACACUACCGAAAUAUUCACCUACGGAUUCACACUGGAAAUGAAGUUUCCUGCUGUGAUCAGUGUGGGAAACCAUUUACAACAGAUGCACAGUUACAACAACACAUGUUUAGCCACACUGAGGAGAGACCUUAUAAAUGUGACCUGUGUGAGAAGACUUUUAAAGCUCCAAAUCAGCUGAAAAAACACCAACAGAUCCACACCAGAAAGUAACUCUAAAAGUGCAGUUACUGUGAGGAUGUAUUGAUCUUUUUAUCUUGUAAUUUUAACCUGAUUGUUUGGAAAAAGUCUGAUCAGUAAACUUAUGGAGUUUUACUGAAUGAACUGUUUGGAAAAAUGAAGACUCAUUUUCACCCAAUCAAGAAAGCAACAGCAGCAACAAGAAGCACAGCAGUACAACAGAUCCAUCCUCCUUCUUCCCCCAAUUCUUCUCUUGUCCUCCUGUCUGACCUGCAGGUGAGAAACAGGUGUGAGGUGUCAGCUGUCAGGUAGGUGAUGAGUGAAGAACAGAACAAAAUCCAUUUCCUCUUCAAACUGCUGUCAGACAUUAUCUACUGCACUCUGAUCACAUCACUCAGAUCAGCUGCUUUCUACAAAGUCUCAUCAACAACAUCUUUAGAAGCAAACAUCAACAACCAGGAAGCAGCUUCACCUCUGAUCACACACACACUCAACUCUACUCACUCACCUGAAGGAUCAACAACAGUCAGAUCCACCCGGUCCUUAAAAGAUGGAUGCUGGUUGGCUGGAUCAAAAUGCCCAUCCCGGUACAAAAAGACAUAAUUAGCUCCGUAUUCAGCUCUCCUCCACUCUAACACUAUGAUGUUGUUGUUUGGAGCUCGACAUGUCAGAGUGACGUCCUGUCCAGACUCAGCUGUAAUGUUUUUCUGGUCUGAAAGAGGAAACAACACAGAGCAGAGAAGUUAAAGCUGAGUAACAGGAGGAGAAGAGUCUGGUGGUGCAGCAGAGGAACAAUUUCAGCCAUUUGGACUCAGCUCAGCCACUACAGAGGAAACAAUGUCUUCAACACAAAAGGACAAACAUGGAGCAAGAAGUCAACGCUCUCAGGAGGCCGACAAACCUCACAGAAGAAAGGAAGAGAAAACCUACAGCUGUGAUGAGUGUGGGAAGGAUUUUACCCGGGCUGGAGACUUAAAAAGACACCAACUCAUCCGCAGUGGAGUUAAACCUUACAGCUGUGACUGGUGUGGAGAGUCUUUUACCCUGGGUCAAAGCCUAAAAAAACACAAACUCAUCCACAGUGGAGUUAAAGCGUACAGCUGUGAUUUGUGUGGAAAGUCUUUUACCCAGGCUGGACACUUAAAAACUCACCAAUUCAUCCAUAGUGGAGUUAAACCUUACAGCUGUGACUUGUGUGGAAAGUCUUUUACCCGGGCUGGAGACUUAAAAAAACACCAACUAAUCCACAGUGGAGUUAAACCGUACAGCUGUGACUUGUGUGGAAAGUCUUUUACCCAGGCUGGAGACUUAAAAAGACACCAAAUCAUCCACAGUGGAGUUAAACCUUACAGCUGUGACUUGUGUGGAAAGUCUUUUACCCAGGCUGGCGACUUCAAAAGACACCAACUCAUCCACAGUGGAGUUAAACCUUACAGCUGUGACUUGUGUAGAAAGUCUUUUACCCGGGCUGGACACUUAAAAGGACACCAAAUCACCCACAGUGGAUUUAAAGCACACAGCUGUGAGUUGUGUGGUAAGGCUUUUGCUCAAAAUGCCGGUUUACAGAGGCAUCUAAUUACCCACUCUGGAAUUAAAGCGUACAGCUGUGACUUUUGUGGAAAAAGGUUCAGUGACAAACAGUACCGAAAUAUUCACCUACGGAUUCACACUGGAAAUGAUGUUUCCUGCUGUGAUCAGUGUGGGAAACUGUUUACAACAGAUGCACAGUUACAACGACACGUUUAGCCACACUGAGGAGAGACCUUAUAAAUGUGACCUGUGUGAGAAGACUUUUAAAACUCCACAUCAGCUGAAUAAACACCAACAGAUCCACAUCAGAAAGUAACUCUACAAGUGCAGUUACUGUGAGGAUGUAUUUAUUUUUUUAUCUUGUAAUUGUAACCUGAUUGUUUGGAACAUGUCUGAUCGGUAAACUUAUGGAGUUAUACUGAAUGAACUGUUUGGAAAAAUGAAGACUCAUUUUCACUCAGUAAGCUGAGUGUUGUAAUGUAAACAGUAAAAUGUAAUUGGACAUUGGCAGAGAUGCUUUUUAUUUCAGGCGACAUUGAGGAUAAAAAUGUUGAAGGAAUUCCCUGACUUACACUGUCUUUGUUUAGAAGUGGAGAAAAGCACAUGGAUCCAGUUCUCAACCCUGUCAUCACUGUGGUGGUGGGAAAGAGUUUCUCUGUGACCUUUGUAGAAAAACUUCAAUCAUCAACGGGACCUAAAACCACAUCAACGCAGACACACUGGAGACAAAAUGAACUACUGCAAAGAAUGUGGGAGAGGCUUCCACACACCAAGUACAUUAAAAAUAAAUGAACUCUUCCACAGUGGGCUCAAAAAGCACAUCUGUGACCAGUGUGGGUCAUCCUUCACCACUGGACAUGAUCUCAAUGAAAAAGCAUAAGCGAAUUCACACAGGAGAGACACCAUACAAGUGCAGACACUGUGACAAAAGCUUCUCACAAUCAGGUCAUCAUAACAAACAUGAACGUACACACAUGGAAGUGAACUUCAGCUGUGACCAGUGUGACAAGAGCUUCAGGAAUCUCAGUUCAUACUCCAAACACAAACGAUCCCACACUGUAAAUAAACUGUUUCACUGUUGCCAAUGUGCAAAAACAUUCACUUCAUUAUCUGCUCUGUGCAAACAUCAGCCUGAUCAUGCAGGACUGAAAUCACUGGAUCACAAUGAAUCUGAAGAGAGAGAAAGAUCGUCUUCUGGUUUCAGGGUCAGACUUAAAAACCUUGAGAUCAGGCUCCACAGAGUUCAGAUGGAAUCUCCUGUAAAGAGUGUCAGCUGAUGUCACACUUGGAUCUGAUGAGGUAGCUCUGAUUUCUGGACCUGCAGUGAAUAAUCCUGAAUGUUACAUUUAGGAAGUUGCAUGUAUAGAUAUGCAAAUGAAGUUUAUGUUUUUUCCCUUGAGGGAUUUUAAUUCUCUAAAAUGUUAUCCCUGUUACAUUUUAAUCUUUGUUCCCUUAGGACACAGUAGUGUUUAGUAGUUGUAUUAAUUUUAUGUGUUACCUCAGUUAAAUUUCAAUCCUUCAUUCAUAUUUAAUCUUUUGCUGUGGUAAUCCCUUCUCUUAAAUCAUUUUCUCCCAAAACUGCAAAUAUUUUCACAGCAGUUGCUCUUAAAACUUCCCAAAUGAACUAAAUCUGUCCACCAGCUUUGAAACAACACCUGCUGUGACUUUAUGUCCAGAAAAAAGAAACUCAAGCUAAACUGGUUUUGGGCUGUACUUCCAUAUAAUACCAGUUUGUACCAGAAGAUGAAGCAGUGAGUCAGUGUAACCUUUAUUUAAUUGGGCAAAGAACACAUUCGUAUUCACAGUGGCAGCAAAGAAAUGUUGAAAGGUAAAAACAGCAGCACACAUCAGGACCAUUUUAAAGAUCACUGGUGACUACUUUUACUUAAUUCAAAUUCCUUCAAAUUAUUGGCUCCUCCUUUCACUUUAGUGUAUUUACUGUAUCCUUGAAGUCCACGUGUUGUUUUUUUAAUGAAUUCAUUUUGAUCCACAUGUUCUGCAGCUGUUUUCCUGUUGAUUUGAAGUUUGUAUUAUGAAAUCCUGAUAAUGUUAAAGUGUUAGUUAUAUUUGAUGAACUCUGUGUAACGUUUGUCUUAUUAUACAGUUUGGUGUGAAAAAUGAAGAAUUGGUCUCAGAACAAGUAGUUUGAGCCAUGAUUUCAGAUUCAAACUAAUUUAACUGUUUUCAGUGGUACAUGUGGAGGUUUAUCAGAGGAGGCGACUUGGCUGUUCUCCACUCACACAGAACAGGGUUCCUGCAGCUCAUUAAAAACUGAAACGAUCUUCAAGGACAAAAAUAUUAGAUUUUUCUCAAAAUUGUG